GUGCCCUUCUGCCUUCCGCCCGACCUCAACCGGGGGACCAUCGCGGCCCUGGAGGAGCUCCUCGGGCCCGAGAACGCCCCCUCCCUCGGCCGCCUCAAGCGCCGCCUGGGCAUCCUGCCCGCGCCCCCGCGCGCGCCGCGGGUGGUCGUGCCGAUCCCGCACCACCCGAGGCGCGUCGCCGUGUGA